CCGACCUAACUGUCGCCGCCAAAAUAUCUGACGUACAUACGCAUAACCGUCGUCGGGCAAGGUAGACUUUCAUUCGCUAUUUGGUACUCCGAGGAGAAGCAUUAACCGUUGCUCGUGUUUAAGAAAACUUUUAAUAAAGUAUUAUAAAAGAUGUCAGGACGCGGUAAAGGUGGAAAGGCUAAGGGAAAGGCGAAGACCCGCAGUAGUAGGGCAGGGCUGCAGUUCCCUGUCGGAAGAAUCCAUCGUCUUUUAAGAAAAGGAAAUUACGCGGAACGAGUUGGAGCUGGAGCACCAGUUUAUUUGGCCGCUGUGAUGGAAUAUUUGGCGGCUGAAGUACUCGAGUUAGCCGGGAACGCCGCAAGAGACAACAAGAAGACGAGGAUAAUUCCACGUCACUUACAAUUAGCUAUUCGCAAUGACGAAGAAUUAAAUAAACUGCUCUCGGGUGUAACGAUCGCUCAAGGUGGUGUCCUGCCUAACAUUCAAGCAGUGCUUCUGCCGAAGAAAACCGGUACUGGUGGAUCUGGAAAGGGAGACAAAACAUCCCAGGAAUAUUAAUAAUCAUUAGAAUAACCUUUCUAACUUAACAAUACUUUAGGGCUAUAUCUUUGUUUCUUGAGCCAUUAAAGAAAAACAAAAUAAUCUCUGGAACCUAUCAAAUUACCAUCGCUUCCUCAAACAUUCGCUGUAAAAUUAUUUUAGUUAACAGUAUGAUCUACUAUUUUAUUACUGAAUAACAUCUUUUAUUUAGCUAAUGUAAUAGCAAAUUGUUGUAUUACUUAAGAGAAGUCUUUUACCUAUGCUUAGAUCUAUUAUCAACUAAAAUGUCAUAACUGUACUGUGUAUUUUGUUUUCCUCCUUUCGAUUUUGUAUUAAAAAUUCUUGGUGACUCGUAUGAUUUAUAAAAUGUAACAAGUAUGACACAUUUUUAUGUUUUUGUUGACUGUAAACAAUACUUAGAGUGAAAAUAAAACAUCAUUACUCUUCACUUUACAAUAUUUCUUUAAAAUUUUAAACCUUUGUGUUGUAACCAUGUUUUCUGCAUUCUUCGGAAUUCUAAAUAAAUAAAACGUUAUUUAAACAUGACAAUUAUACUUUCAAAAUUUAACUGCAUGUGACUUCCGGUAAAGUAAUUCGACCAGUAGACUUUUACAACGUACAAAUUCGCAUAGGUAGCGCGUCGGUUGAACGUGACGUUAAGUUUUUGAUCGCGUGGCUGUCGAAUUCUUGGUGAAUUGGUGAAAAAUACUCGUUAAGACUUCGCAAACAUAGAGAAAAAUGUCGUCGAGUGAUAUAAAUAUGUUAGUCGAUAUGGGCUUCAGCAUAUCUAAAGC